AUGAGUGGCCAUGACUCAACCAUAACAGGGAUGCAAAGCAAGGACAACAAAUUGCCAUUCCAGAUUUUCCCUGACCCCGUUGAAGUCGUCCUGGGCCCGGAGAGUUCUCUGACCUGCCUGGACCACGACCACGAGAAAGAGCGUCUGCCUUCCAUCGUGGUGGAGCCCACUGAAGUCAACGAGGUGGAGAGCGGAGAGCUGCGCUGGCCUCCGGAGACCAUAGACCUGGAGGAAGAUGAAGAGGACCUGUUUCUGGAGCAGUGUAUCCCCCCGGCCAACAUUGCCGACUGGGGAGACGAGGAGGAGGAGGAGGUUGAAGAGAAGUCAGUUAUCCUCAACCACCAACAAAACUCAUCAUUAAUUGACCUUCAAUCUGAUGCAUUUAGAGAUGACACCCCAACUCUUCCACCAAGCAGCGCCCCAGCCUUCAACUGA